AUGGCGCAUGAUGUCAUCAUCGAGAGCCGUACACACCAAACGUUCCAAGCCAAUAAACUACGGCAGGAGGAGCCGGAGUUUACGACUGGAUCAAAGGUGUAUCUAUCCAUGCAGAACCUCGCACUACCUAAGGGUCGUGCGAGGAAGCUGAUGCCCAAAUUUAUUGGACCAUAUGAGAUCACCGACGUUCAUGUGGCAACCUCUAACUACACAUUAGAAUUGCUGCAAGAACUGAAGGACCGGCGUAUCCUACCUAUAUUCCACGUUUCGCUACUCCGACGACACGAGUCCAAUGACGACGUGUUGUUUCUGCACCGUGAGGCAAAGUCGUACUACGACUUUGGCGACGAUGUGGAAACGGAAUGGCUAGUGGAUGAAAUUGUAGGCCAUCGCUGGGAUGGCAAUAAGAUCGAAUUCCAUGUGCGAUGGACGCUAGGUGACCAUACAUGGGAGCCAUACGCCCACUGCAAGGAAUUGGCUGCGCUCGACAAGUACUUCACACUAAUCACUGCGAACCUAAGAAAAUCUCGGGCCGUCAAGAUGCUCCAAAAGCGCCUCGGAACCCACAUCUCUCCGAAUCCGAACAAGGAAUCAGUUCGACCCCGAGAAAAGGCAGGAACUGCCCCCAUUCAGAUGUCUUCACAGCAUCAAAUCGUGACAUCUUCAGAGUCGAAACACGUGGAGGACAGAUUAUCUUAA